CAACCACAACAAGUUGAAGAGCUAACAUGACAUUAGCCCGAACUAAAAUUAACAUAAUACGAUCCAAUUUGCUAUGCAAAAGAGGUAGGAGGAUAAUCACAAGGGAUAAAGGCAAAAACCUCUUGGAAAUGUCGUCUCUAAACCGUGUCUGACAAAAUCAACCCUGUUGCUGUCGUAAAUCAGAACCUUCCAUUCUCGUCAAACCAAAACCAGAUCUGUUUUCUUCUCUAGACUUUCCUCCCUAAACGCCCCUUUAGAUUUUCCAUCCCAAUCUCCCCCAGUUUUGCAGAAAGAUCGAUGGGUUUAUCAUUAAGCAGCAACAGAAGAAGAAACAACCAUUAUCCCCAUCAACACCCACCUUCUGCCGACCCUUAUUCUGCACCACAAUAUAUUUACUCUGCUCCUCAACCGCCACUACCACCGCCACCGCCGCCACCACCGGCACUCCCACUGCCCACGCCCCCAGUGUUCCACCCCUACGAUGCCAGUAGUUACCCUAAUAACGCCUUGAAUGUCAGGCCCAAUUUUUGGUCUUAUAGUCAACAGCAAGCAAAUUACAAUUACGGGUGGGCGCCACAAAUGCGUCUACCUUCAAUGAUGCCGGCUCCACCACCUCAGCCUCCGCCAGCGUAUGUCGAGCAUCAGCAGGCAAAGAAAGUUAAGAGUCAUGUUAACGUGCAUAAGGAUACAUUGAAGGUUGAAAUCGAUGAGGAGAAUCCUGAUUGUCAUUUAGUUUCCUUCGUGUUUGAUGCGAUGUUUGAUGGGAGCAUGACAAUCUACUACUUUGCAAAAGAAGAGUCCGAAUGCAAGUUUUCCCCAUUAUACCCCGAAGCAUUUCUACCUGUAAAAGUCCCAUUUUCAAAGGGCCCCGGACAAAAAUUCAGACAACCACCAGGGACUGGAAUUGACUUUGGAUUCUUUGAAUUGGAUUCCCUUUCAAAACCAUCAUCCGGGGAAUCCAUAUUUCCACUUGUAAUAUGUGCAGAGACGAUUUUACCCUUGUUAUCUCCCAAUCAACAUCUUUAUGAUCCCUUACCAACUACAACCCCUACCCCUACCCCUCACAUGCAAAUCACACAAGCUGUUUUGGAGAAGAACAAUGGGGAUGGUUUUAAAGUUAAAGUGAUAAGACAGAUUUUGUGGAUUGAUGGAAUUCGUUAUGAGUUGCGUGAAAUCUACGGAAUCGGAAUUGGACAUUCCGAUGAGAGUUUUGAUAAUACGGGGUCUGGAGAAGAAUGUGUUAUAUGUAUGACAGAACCUAAGGAUACUGCUGUUCUUCCAUGUAGGCAUAUGUGUCUAUGUAGCGAGUGUGCUAAGGCAUUGCGAGUUCAAUCAAACAAGUGUCCAAUUUGUCGUCAACCUAUCGAAGAACUAAUGGAGAUCAAAAUUAGUACAGUUGAUCGUUGAUAUAUCUUUUUUUUUUUUCUUAUUAAUGAAUCAAGAAUCACAUGUUACAAAGUAUAUUCUUUUCCUCUUGUCCAAUCUUGUGAUGUAGUUAAUGUUAUAAUAUUUGUGUAAAAGCUGUUAUUUUUCUCCUUGGGUAAUAAUUCAUGUAUAGAUAUCAAACCAUGGUUUCUUCCUUUUCUUCUUGGGCUUGCUUUUCUUUUUCUUUUUCUUUUCCUUUGAUGAUGUAACACAAUUGAUUUAAGUUUGGUAUCUUUUUUAAAAACAAGGGUUCAAUUGUCAGCCAACUUUGUAUGAGUUUUAAUUUCAAU